AUGCCUUGCUUGGCGCACGACCGCCACCCCAGCCCCAGGCCCCCGGCCGCUAACCACUGCAAGUCCCUCUCCUGCCUCAUCCGGGAGACCUACGCGCACUGCCAUGUCCCCUGCAUCGGGAUCGCCGGCGCCGGGUGGAGCUCCGGCGACGACAGCGACGACGACGAUGAUGACAUGCUCGACACGAAACAGGUGAUACUCAACGAGAUUAGGAACCGGCAGCUGAGGAAGGAGUCGAGGUGCAGCGUGGACUCGGCGGCCCUGUCGGGCGCCUUCAUCUGGUUCUUCACCCCGCUCGACCCGAGAAGCGUUCUGGAGAAGGUCUCGAGCCCUGAGAAGCACGUCGUGGCGGGGGAGGAGAAGGGAGAGGCGGAGGCGGGCAGCGACGCCGGCGACGUGGAGAGCGAGGCGUACUUCUCGGUGAAGAGCUUCUUCACCCGCAGCACGAGCCGGGCGGCGACCGUGGCGUCGCUGACGGACAUGGACCCGCCAGCGACGUGGGACGGCUUCCGGGACUGCGAGGGGUGGCCGUUCGGGCUGUGCCGCCGCCCCGCCGUGCCGCCGCUGCCCAGCACGCCGGCCGACUCGUGGAAGUGGCGCAAGCAGAGCAGCGGCCGCAGCCUCGCCGCGAGCCCGCGUCCUUCUCACGGUGACAAGAUCACAGCGAGUUGA